GAGCAUAUGAUGUUCUGAAAAGCUGUCAAUUUCCAGAAAUAGAUGCAGAUGUUGCGGAAGCAACUAUGGUGAGGGAUGAUAGGCUGUUGCAGAGGGAUGAUAGGCUGUUGCAGAGCAUGCAAAAUUUGUGUGGCCGCUUGGCAGAAGUCCAAGGCACAGAGGAUCGGCAAAGGAAGCGGCGGCUUCAGAAAGCUGGUCAAAAUUUGGCUGGCAUCUUACAAGCUCGCCAAGGCCCAGCGCCCACCCUGAUGAGCGUGGCCCAGAAGCAAAGUUUUUUGACGGCUACAGCCAGUUACUUGCAGGAUUUGGGCCCUGACAAUUCUUCUGAAAUGCCCAACCUGGGUACUUGGUGUACGGUGGCUACCUCAGAAUUUGGGGCUUGGUUGAAGCCUGGUGUGCCUGGAGAUACGCGGCAAGUCCUCUUGCUGCUCUUGCGGCAGUUACAACAGAAAGCCCACUUUGCUGUGCAACAUGGUUUGGCGCAACCUGUGAAAGGGGCGCUUGUGCGCACGACUGACCAUCGGAGGACUGAUGGGCAGCACGUUGCUAGAUUGCUUAUGCUGGAAGAUGCAGGCUCAACAACUGCAAAGAACUGCUAUAUGUGGGUUUGCCCGCGCGUGAAGCUGGAGACGGCUUUGCGAGAAGGUGCGGCCGAUGUUUGGGGCCUGGGUUCACUCCAUGUCGUGGUUGGCAGUUCCAACAUGAGAGGCAGCCAGCUGAGCUUACAGCCUGCUUUUUCAGAUGAAUUCUCGGAAGGCACAGAAGUUUGCACAGUACCAGAGACAGCCAUCUGGAACCAGCUGCUGGGUGUGAAUCGGGAGGAGCUAUUCAAAUUUGCAGAAUCUCAGCUUGGCCUCCAUCUGACCAUGGGUCAGCAAGACAUCAUGCGCCAACUGAACGGCGUUGUAGCCGUGAUCAAUAACUUUGCUGGAGGGGGGAAGACAACUUUGCUGGCUGUCAUUGCUUCGUACAUCAUCCAGCAGUUCCAGGAGCGAGCCCCCGGGUCCCGUCCUUUGGUUUUCUUCAUGAGCACGACGAAGAAAGUCGUGCAAGAUUUUGUUGCUGAAUUACAGGGACAUGUGCCUCUUGAGGCCACAGCAAUGCUCGGAUUUGAAGAAUCCGAAGGGGACCUGUUUCAGAAGUAUUUGCAGGAGGCCGCGGAUCGCAUGUUCACAACUUUUGCGAAGAUGUAUGGCAAACUAGAUGCCAUCAUCGGCCAAAUUCAUCACUGGCUUUUGAAUAUGGUCGUACCUGUGCUCACUGAGCCGGGAAAAUAUCUCCGAUUAGCCUUAUUGCUUUUGCAAUGGAGAGGCUAUCAUUUGCAGAAUGUUGUGUAUAGCCAGAUUUACAGGAUCAAACAGGAAGCGGUGCAAAAGGUGGCUCUCAUCGGUUCCACCACCUCCUACAUGGCCAAGCUAGCUGCCAGUAACAUUGGUUGGGCACGCUCGCUCAAAGAGCGACGCAAACUGAUUCUGUUGCAGGACGAAUACAUGGGGGAACCUGCUGAAAGACAAGCGGUGAACCUCCUAGACUUUGAGGCCGUGCUGUUGGCAGGUGACCCGCACCAGUGCGUGGCUCAGCGACCGCAGCUGUCGCCAAAUGCCGCAUCAUUGGCACAGCUCGGGCCACGAGCUGAAAGGCCACUCCAGUGGCACCCAUGCCUGACGUGGCUGGAGAACCACCGCCACACCCAACGCAUCCUCAACCAUGAGACUUUCAGAACUGGAGAGCCAGCGAUGAGCUUUCUGAAAGCUGUUUUUGGGAACGAGAUGCUUGGCGAAUGCAUUUCCAAGGCCAACCAUUCUACUGCAGUGAUUCCAGUUUUGUUUUGGGAGGUUUGGGAUUGGAUUCCUGGAGGUAGCGGUGAAUGCCAACGUUCACUCACAAUUUUCUCCGCCAUUGCGUUUGUGCUGGCGGCGGAAGUGCUGAAAAGCUUGCAAACGGCAAAGCCGUCAAACGUGGUCAUCACUGCUUUUCUGCUGACGCAGCUCCGAGCACUGGAAGCAUUCUUGCACACUGUGGUGCCUCAGCUAUGUUUGGCCAUGCAGGGCAUGGCUGGGUUGGAAGGUGUCACAGCAGACCAAAUCAAAGGUGUUAUGCAACUGUGGCAAUUUCGCGGCCCAUACAGUGUGGGAGGAGCCAACUCUGAUGUGGCGAUCUGCUUGGGGGUGCGGCGGCAGGUGACAGAUAAAGCUUGGCGGGGUUUGGCUUUGGAAAAGCCGUUGAUUUACACGGCGCUAACCCGCGCCAAGCACCGACAAUACCUAUUUUUUGAAGACCUACGGGGUGAGGUUGUUCUCCCACAUCGUGGGACGCUGGCAGCCACGGGGCGGGCCCUGGGCCUGCGCAAUUUUGCCAUUCCCACGGCCCAACUGAACGCCACCACAGUCGAGUCCCACUUGCUUUGGACAAGGGCAUUGUGGUCAAGUGUCGAAAUCUUUCAAAGAGACUUCGACAGACAACCCUGGUGGAGUUGUCGCCCUGAAACACCAUGGCUCUUUUGGAGCCCGAAAUGGCGUGGCAUGAUGGGUUUGCAAGGUCCAAGUGCAUGGCCGGACAUGAUGUGUUUGGUUGCCAGCACAUUUGAUGAGAUGAUUUGGCCGGACGAGGGUGGAGAAGAUGGGGAAUUGGCUGCAACCUUUUUUCGUCACAUCACACUCCCACAGGUCUCUCCGACCGGGAACCGCCCAGUUCCAUCUGCAAAGGCGUUUCAGGACAGGAUCUUGGCUCGCCCAAGGCGGGAAGUUGUGCUACAGUUCUGGUCUUCUAUGGUGAUCGACAACCUUGCUGUCUCUUAUGGAACCAAGGAUGCAGUUGUUCAGAUGCCACUGAUGGCUUACAUGUCACCUGAAGCUUGGGCACGGCUGCUUUUGCCGGAUGAGGCAGCAGACGUACGCGAGGCAGUCAUUGACCCGAACUACGCCGCAGAGAUCUUGGUCGCGCGGGCUUUGGACAUGUGCACGCAGACGCCAGAGGCUCGGGAUAAGGGUUUCGAAGGGGGCCGGUGA